AUGGAUCUUAAGAAUACAGUUGGUAUAGCCAUUAUCUGUCUUCUGGGAUGCACACUUCUACAGAUAACAGUGAAUGGUAAAGAAAUCGUACGACCAGCAAAGAAGAAYGUGGAGGAUCACGAGUUAAAGCUAUUACGUUACAUAACGAAGAGGCACAAACUAGUUCGUGAGAUUGUCCCUGCUGGUGCAAACCACAACUCUCCUCUAGCCAUCAUCUUCGACAUUGCCUACAGCCAACUUGUUGACUUGGACAGCAAGGACCAGAUCUUAACCAGUUAUAUCUGGGUUCGUCAGUUUUGGAACAACACACGUCUGGCAUGGAAUCCUGCUGAUUAUGGAGGAAUCAAAUCUCUGCACAUCGAUCCUAAACUAUGCUGGGUACCUGACAUUGUCCUUUACAACAACAUCAAUGAGAACACGAUCGGAGAGAUGUUCAAGUUCGACACCAAGAUCAUCAUACGCUACGAUGGCUACAUCGAAUGGUACGCACCAACGCUCAUCAAAUCCAUCUGUAAAAUCGAUAUCACCUACUUCCCUUUUGACCGACAAACGUGCAAGCUCGUGUUCGGUUCCUGGACCUUCACCAGCGAGUAUCUUCUGCUUGAAGUCAAAGGCAACGAGCCUGACCUUUCAAAGUACACUCCUAAUGGUGAAUGGGACUUGAUCAAAGUCACUAGAAAGAAAAAUGUUGUUAAGUACUCGUGUUGUGCCUACCCUUAUAUCGACAUCACUUAUUCGAUAUACAUCCAGCGACGACCCAUGUUCUACGUCCAGAAUCUUAUAAUUCCUUGCAUUCUUUUGGCAACCCUUUCAGUGCUUUCUUUCUCGUUGCCGCCUGGUUCUGGAGAAAGGAUCGCUCUAAUGAUAACAUUAUUGCUUGGCCUCACAGUCUACAUGUUGAUAUUUACCGAAAACAUCCCCAAGACAUCAGAAGUCGUCCCUGUGAUUAACAAGUUCUUUGUUGCGGUACUCUUUGAAGUGGCGCUUUGUCUUCUCGCCACGUCAAUCACUCUGCAAUUUUAUCACUAUCACGACCCCGAGAAAGAAAUCCCUGUAUGGUUACAAUUCUUGAUUUUCUCCUGCUUGGCAAAGAUUCUAAGAAUGAAAAUGAAAAAAGCGUCUCCAAAUGAACUGAUAAUGUCCAGCCAAUCAAAAAGAGAAUGCCAGUCAAUGAGUCCAUUGCUCAGCAUCGACCAUUCCUCCAAGUGUAAACUCUGUUGUAUGUCCCAAGGAUCGGUCUACAAGCCUGCGCCACCUUCUAACAGUUCUCUGCUUCUAGAUCGUCUGGAUGGCAUACAGUACAAGCUUGAUGGUCUUUAUCGGGCUAUGAGCGAAAAGGUGGCCUUAACUACGUUCAAGGAGCAAUGGCACUUUGCAGCUAUGGUGCUGGAUAGAUUUUUCUACAUCGUGUCUGCUACCAUUAUCUUCGUAUCCCUUGCUUCUUUCUAUGUUAUGAUUCCUGAAUGACUUUGAGGAUCAUUUACUGACCAUUUACGGCAAGGCAUCACGGUAUAUCGAUCAUCAUUUUUUCAAUAUAUCACAUGGUACAAUGCGCGUCAAUUAAUUAAGUCAURAAUAUUAAAACUAAUUUAGGCAGGAAGCUUAAUGGACCUUCUUAAAAUUAUCCUGGAUGCAAGACCAACAUGAAAAUACAAAAGCAAAACGCACUUUCUCUCGCUGGAAUUAGUGGCAUGUGCCGUGUUACUCUCGCAUCCAAGAAGGGUCCAUUAAGUUAAUUAAUGAUUUCAAAGCAAAUUCUGAAAAAUUUUUUUUUUUUAAAGAAACUUAUUUAAAAAUUUCUGAACUAGAAAUUUUUUCAUGAUAAUU